UAUGCACAGCAAAGCAUCACAUCAUGCGACAGUCUUCACUCCAGCUAGGAGCGCAUCUGUGGUGCUUCAGACGAUGUUCUUCGUCACUACCAAAGACAUGUCGGAAUGCAUUUGGGACCAGUAUCCAUAGCUGCCGGCAUCUUUUUCAAAUAGAAUGAGGUGCAUUCAAAAGGCAGGCCAUUAUAUAAUUUGUGAAAAUUAAAUAUUUCACGGGGCAAAUCAGCAGGCUCAUUCUACAGAGGAAAAUCCAGGAGAACGAGAUAUGCCUGAAUGAGACACAGCUUCAUCUUCAAUUUGAGUACACUGUGGCAGCAUCCCCACAUCAGAUCCAUCAACUUGGCAGGUUAAAAAUGCCACUCUUUGGUUGGAUGAAAUGGCCAAAAAACAGUUCCUACAAACCUACACACUAUGCUGACUCAGAUAUAGUGACAAAGACUCUGCUUCGGGAAUUAAAAUGGCAUCUAAAGGAGCGAGAAAGAUUCAUACAAGAGAUUGAAAAUGAGCAAAAAGUGAAAAAAACAGGUGUGGAUUAUAACUGGCUUAGAAACUACCAGAGUCCCCAUACAACCAUCCCAGAUGCAGAGCAAAGACAACUCGAAGUUCUUUGUUCACAAGUUCAUCCUUGCCAAACUGGAACUAUUCUCAGCAGAUUUCGAGAAGUUCUAGCAGAAAAUGAUGUGCUGCCAUGGGAAAUAGUCUACAUCUUCAAGCAAGUUCUGAAAGACUUCCUCAGUAGUCCUGACAAAGGGACUCAGCAUGAGGGCCCACAGCACUCCUGGGACAUAGGCUGUCCCCCCGACUCAACACUACCAGGUGAAAGCUCCAAGAGUCCAGAAAAAGAUGAAAUACCCACCAUCUCAAGUUACGUAGACAGGAACAGCAAGAACAGGUUCCCAGCAUGCUCCUACAGAAUAUGGAACCUACCGUACUACUACCCACCAAGUUAAGGUUCCUAUAACCAAGCCAUCCAAGAACCAAUACUCCUAACAUUAAACAAAAGUGAUGUGACUUCAGUUUUCUUUGUCAUGAGGUCAGAAGUUAAAAUUCCCAUGGAUGAGUAUCCCGUUUUAAAUUGUUCUUUUUUAACCACUCUAAACAUGUAAUGUUCUCACUGAACAGUAUGCUUCUAACUAAAUUAUUUCCUAAAUAUUUUUUUAAAAUGUUUAAAGUGUUUUCUUAUCCUUCAAACACAUCUCACAGGAACCAAGGCAAUUUAGUAUGGAUUUUUAUAUAUCCUGUGUGAAACUUAGUUAGCCUUGAUUUUUAUUCUAAAAUAGGCUAUGUAUAAAAUAAAUGAUUACUGUGAAUUCUAUCUAUACAAUAUAACAGUGGAAUGAUGUAAAUAUCCCAUGAUGUGAUCUCAUACUCGGCUGGGGACAGGGGAAGGGGGCAUUGAGGGAGGAAAUAACCUGCAGUUUACAAACAAAGUAGUGCUUUAUCCUGACUCAGAUUCAUUUUUAAUUACUUAUUUUCUAUCUUAACAUUAAAGGAAAGUAUUAAAAACA